UUGCGCUCCCCCCAGUUUACGGCUCUCGCGCAGUGUAACUCCCACAAGAGAGCUCUCCUUUUCAAUUGCCCUAUUCACAAAUAAAAAUUACAAAUCCUGAUGGCAAAAGAGAAAUCAGCUGAUGUGGUCCAUAGCUCACCUAUAUACUAGCUCACAGCCUGCAGCUACUAGCAUGCAAAUCCAGUGUACAUUUGGUUGACACAACAAACGGGGGAGGAUAUCGUAAGGAAAGGAGCACGAGUGUAAACAUCAGCAGUGCAAAUGAGCCCGAGGGCGAAGAGGAGGCCGUGAAUUGCUUAUAUCCACAAACGUAAUCUUGACGUUGCAGUGUGUGUUGGUGUGUGUUGCAUAUAUAAAUAAACACGCGCCGAGAAUAUGCCCGCCAAAAUCACCCAAAUAAAAUGCAAGCGAUGCCGUAGCUUGCUAUUUACCGAGGAAGCCUCACCACCCCUUGACAGCCACGGACAAUUGAUCAAGGCUGGAGAACGCAGCACCAAGUGCAACAGUGAUGUGCCCGAGGAGUGUCUUUUUCUUGCCGAGGAAAACAUGCCCGAUUGGGUUCAAGAGGUCGUUGAUAGGGAAAAUUGGAUAAAAGGCAAGUUGUACUGUCCUCUGUGUCAUGCUAGGAUUGGCUCAUUUGAUUUUGUCAGUACGAAAAAAUGCAACUGUGGCGAAUACGUACCACCACCAAUCAGAAUAACAUACUCAAAAGUUGAUUCACCACACCGGUGAUGUUGAGAUGUUGGCUUUAAGUACACCUUAAAUUUUAAAUCAUCAACACAGGCAUAUUAAAUUUUAUGGGUUCAUCACUCGAAAGGAAAUGUUAGCUUACUAUUUAAAAUGUAUACUGUAGAUCUUUACUAGGUCGUCUUUCCCUGCAGACUCGAUAUCAUAUGCAUAUUAUAUCACUAAAUCAUGUUGUAUUCUUAACAGAGUAUAUUUAUUUAUUUGGCUUGAUUUUAAGUUAUACAAUUGUAGAUUCUUCGACACACACACAAACAUAUUAAUAAGUACAAAUUAGUGUCUCAUCAGAUUUUUCAAUGAAUCUUAAUUGAUUGCGUUACGAAUUGUUAAUAUCUAAAUGCAAAUAUCUUAAUUCCUUAACUGGUAUAAGUCAUCAAAAUAACAUAUAGCUGUACACAACAGGAUGUUUGAGACGCCAUCUGCGCAUUAUUUAAAAUUUUUUUAAAAUAUCAGGUUUUUUUUUACAACAAAUUAAAGUAGAUUCUAUUACUGAGUAAGAAAAAUGAACAAUCACAGGACGAGCAGGCUUUUCGAUCAUGAGGUAAAUACGUUUUGCUAUCUCUAUUUAAAGUUAUCACAAUGACGAUCUUAAAUUAUUUGCGUUAGCUUUUGACUCGGAGCGCUGGGGUACAGAUUAAGGCAAACGUUUUCUUGCAUGGAUCAUGCACAUUAGUGUCUUCCUACCUAUAUUAUAAUAGUAUACUAUAUAGUAUGUAUUACUCAUACUUUCGAGUCUACAUUUCGGAAAAUACGUACUUAUAGGUAAAUUAUUUUUUUUUUUCAUAAUGAAAAAAAAAUGUUAGAAAAACACAUAACAUUUUAUUGUUGCAUACUCUUAGCUGCUUUUAUACUUCUAUCUCUACUUCACUUUUCAUACCCAAGUUGGGGGUAAAUUCGAAAAGUUUUUAAUAACUAUUAUUUAUGAAGAAAUAUAAUAAAGAUCCAGUUCCAACAAUUAUAGUAAAAAUAUGAUUGAAAUUUUUGUAUUGCUACAUUGUUGUAACUUGGUAAAAGUAAAACAAGUAAACACCUUGAAAUACCUUUGACUCUACAUUAAAUUACCCUAUAUCCAACUUUUUAGAACCCAUUGAAUACUGUAGUAGUAAUGGGGUCCAACUUUUAAUUUUAACUGGAAUUUGGAUGAAUUCUUCGUGAUUCCUAUUUUCAUUCAUCUCAAUCAUUGUUGAGAACUUUUUUAAAUUUUAGAUUGUUCUUCUCCAGUCUGUUUUUGAAAAUUAUUUAACACUCUGUUAAAGAUUUUAGCGGCAAUGCGCAGGUUUUUCUAGAGACGAAUUUGCAAUCCCAUCAUCUUUGUUCUCUAAAUUAUGUGAUCGUUGCGUGAAAUUUCGCUGUAUACCAUAACAGGUCAACAUAUUUAAAUAUCUGGUAUUCGUGAGCGCUACCCCGCAUUUGUCGUCUCAUACUUCAGUGUGACAGCUAAAGUUGAAGAAACAGUACAAAUAAAUUCACAAGCUCUUCGAUGAGAAUAGACAAAGAGGUUAUUAUAUUUUUAUUACAUCUUUCGAAUCAAUUACCAGCUAUCAAAACUACGUAACAAAUGCGUUUUGCCAUACUGAUAACACAAAACGCACUCCAUAUUUCAUUGUAAACAAUGUCAUUCGUAUUAGGAAGAUUCAGUUAAAAAUACGUAUUGUUAAAUUUAGUAUAAGUAAUAUUUGAAAAAUCAUGUUAAAAAAUUUAAAACUUUAUAAAUGUUAUCAUCCCGAGACACUUUACAUAGCAAUAGCUUUUCAUUAAAAAUUACUUACAUAGGAUAUUAUGUAAUACUUGCACCUGAUACAUAUAAAUGAAUGUAUACAAUAACAUAUUUUAUUUCGUCUUGAAAAGAAAAAAAAAAAAAAAAA